AUGCCCAGCAAGAUCGGUAAAACAAGACCCAACCAUGGAUCCAAUCAUGGACCCAAGCACUCUAGCUCACUUCAAUCAUUAAACGACUACAUUGCUUCUGCUAGUUCAUCUGUAGAUAAUGAGCCCAAUUUGACAAAUAAUCUCAACCCUACUCACAAUUGCUCUACUAGUGUUGACACUAGAUUGUACCCAACUAUUGAUCCAAUAGCUGAUGAAGAAUUGGCCGCUAAAACUAAUAGUAUGAGCAUGAGUAACCAAGACAACAUUGAAUUGUUGGAUAAUGAGCUGACUAAUAACCUCAACAUACAAGACAUGUCAGUUGAUGAAAUUGUUGGUAAAACUUUUCUCAAACACAAUAAUGCUAAACUAGAUACAAACAGAACUCUUCUUGACACUGAUCAGAUUUUAGAAAUUGUAUCUGUUAUUGCUAGCCCACACAACCCUAUGACCUUAAAUUUCCAACAUGUUGUAAAAGCCACUCUCAGAAUACUCUCUGAUGACAUUAAAUACGAAAUCACCACAGAAAGAAAGGCUUUUAAAAACCAUAAAGACAGAAAACAUGUUUGGGAGUUAUGGAAGGAAAGAAUGAAGAAUAUUAACAAACUAUUAUCUGAGAACAAGAAAAGUAGUAAUGUCCAACAAGACAAUGAAGAAUUCAACAUCAAUGACAUAGCAGUGAAGGAAAUCACUCCUCCCAGAUAUAUUGCUGUUAGAUAUAGCAAAAUAUUUGAAGAGAAUGAGGUAAUUGAAUUAAUUAAGGACAAACUUAGUGGCAAAUAUGUCACCAUCAAUCCGAUUAUUAAGCUCAAUAAUACCAUAAUUGUCACUAUUGAAGAUUGCGCUCAAGUAGAACAGGCAGUUGAAACAUUACGUACAAAAUUUAAAGAAGUCAAUAUCACUUCAUCAUGUGAAAACGACACCAACAAAAUUAUACGUGUCCAUAAUAUUCCAAUAGGAGAACUAUGGAAAACUACAGUCAAGGCAGAUUGGAGGAAUGCUAUUGAAAGCGAUACUGGUGAACCCAUUGUUGAAAUUGCUACAGCUAGAAUUGGUAAAGAAAUGGCAGCAGUGAUCACUGUCAAAAGUAUGAAAGCCAGAAAUAAUCUAUGUAAGGCAAAAACAUAUGAUAUCACUAUUCCUAGAACAGAGGAAACAGUCACUAUGAAAAUCGACAUACCAUUCAACUAUGCAAUGGAUGUACAAUACUCUGACAUCAUUGGUAGAUGGCCUGAAAGAAAUGAUUUGAUUAGAGCUAGAAUACAAACGGAAUCCUCUCUUGCCAGAAAAUACAAUAAUGACCAACCUGUAUCCAUACUUAUCAUCAAUCAAGAGAAGAGAAUAUGUUUGAUUAGACUCAACAAUCUAUCUAAUGCCAUCAGAUUGGUAAACCAUGCUGCAUAUGGAAUGAAUGAAUGGACAUUGGAUUUUGCUCUCAAUUAUCCAAUGCUAGAAGAUUUCCUGGAAAAGAAACCUGAUACAGUUCACAAAAUUUCACAAAAUUUAGGCAGAUCUUCUAAAAUUGCAGCGAAAGACGUUUCCUUUACUCUUGAAAAAGUGCAACAAGAUCACCUAAAAGAAAUCAAGAGAAUUGAAGCUUCUAUGGAUAAAAGAAUUGCAGAACUUGAGGCAAGACAGAAUCAGAAAUUGGCUAUGGGAUUUAAGGAAAUGGCUAAUAUUAUCAGAGCAAAUAAUGAAGAAUUAAUGAUUACCAAUAGAAUUGCUACUCUAACAUUUCUAGCAGAACCAUUAUCAGCCCUAAGAGGCUACCUCAACUCAAUCACUCCUGAUAUAAUCAUGCUCCAGGAAGUUAAAAGCGUCUACAUUGGUCCAGAUUUUCCCUCUAUAUAUUAUUCUUCAUUUACAUAUUAUCACAAUCCAAGAGAUUCCUGUGGUGUAUCUAUUUGCCUCAACAAAAGCACUUUCAAAGAUAUUGAAGAAAUCAUCUUAGAUCCGAUCAUUAAGAAUAACGCGCGAAUUAUUGGCGUGAAAUGUAAAAUCAAUUCAAUUAAUACUCUAGUAAUUUCUGCGUACUUUCCAAAUCAACCAGCUGACAGAUGUGAAUUCACAUAUAUUCUUGACAACCUAAUUGAAAAAUAUCCUAACUACAAAAUCAUUAUUGGAGGUGAUUACAAUGCGAUUUUAUCCGAGAAUCACUCCUCAAACGAAUCUAGAAGAACUGAUCAAAACAUACUAGAUCUUAUUAACAAGAGAAAUCUUAAUUACUAUCCUUUCCCUCAUUUAUCAUGGCACCUUCAUUAUACUAUUAACAAACAAUCCAAGUCUAUAAUAGAUUACAUAUCCACAGAUUUUCCAAUUGCAUCUGGAGAAGUACUGAAUGCCAACUUCAUAUCAGAUCACAAAAUGGUUAAAAUUCUACUUGACCUCUCAUGUCAACGAACACCUUUGUUAAUUCGGAAGAAGCGUAACUUUCAAGAUCCCAAAAAUAAGAAAGAAGUGCUGGCCAUUAGCAAAGAAUGUGUAUCUCAAGUUAAGAAUUUAGAAUCUGAUAACGACAAAUGGCUUUUCAUUUGUGAUAAACUAGGCGACAAAUUUGUGGAGGUCAAUCCACCUAAACUUGAUCCUAAAAUCUACAAAUAUAAUAAGCAAUAUAAGAAGCAAUAUAAGAAGCUCAUGUUAAUACUUGAUAGAAAUGAGCACGGAUAUCCUUGUGACAAACUUUUGACCACUAUUGGUAAAACUUUAGAACAGGUUCCAAAAUGUCUUGCAAGUGUCAAAGAGAAAAUCAAGAACCAUAUCAAAUGGAGCCAUGAUAAGGCUUUGAACAGAAAGAUGAAAUGGUGGGAACAAAACUAUGCAACCAACUCUAAACAUCUGAGAAAGAAAAUUUACAAAACGUCAUCACCACCAUACAAAUUAUCUAUCGAAGGAACUGAAAUUAGUGACCCCAAUGAAGUUGCCAAUGUGAUCAAGGACAAAUAUCAACAAAACCUCAACUUUAGAGGAAGAAAUCAUCAAAUUGACAUUACCAAGUUUUUCAAGUACAAACAUCCAUUAAUUGAUAAUUGCAAUGACAAAAUACUCGGUAGAAUUACCACGGAAGAGAAAGAAUGGAUAAUUCAGAAUUUGAAAUCCACAGCACCCAAUGAACUAGGUUUAAGACAAAAAACUAUCAAAUACAUGUCUUAUGACUCAUUACCGAGAAUUAUGCUUCGUGAUGGACUGCUAUUCUUAGGGAUUGAUGAAAUUACUGCUGAUGGAAUUCUGGAAAUAUUAGGUGAAUCUACGACAAAGUUUGUUUUACCUAAUGGUAAAUCUGAAUGUUUCAAUGUGAAAGAUGGAUUGAAACAAGGCGACACCUUCUCUCCCCUUGCAUUCAAAAUUGCGCUUGAGCCUCUCUUACAAUUUUUAGAAAUAACAUAUAAUGGUGCUAGUGUUGCAAAUUAUUGGAACAUUAGUACAGGCGCAUGGAUUGAUGAUUUGAACUCAUUUUCCAACGAACUACCUGAAAUUGAAAAUUCUUUGCAUGACAUUGAAACCUAUCUUCAUGGCUAUCACAUGGAAUUAGAUCAUUCCAAAACUAACCUCUUCUCUGAUAAGGAAUGUAGUAUCAAGACAUUAUCUGGAAGUACGAUCAAAAGUAAUGAUUCUAUUAUUAUACUUGGUAAUAAUAUUACCAAUAAUACUGAGGAACAAAAGAAAUACACUACUUCAAUUAUUGAAGAAGUUAAAAGAAGAACAAACUCUAUUGGCUGGAAUUUUCCAAUACAGAACAUUGUCAAAAUUAUCAACACAGACAUUGUUCCGUAUGCACUGUACCACCUAAUUCCUCUUGCUAAUGACCAUCUAGAGAAACAAAUUGAUAAAUUCUUUCGCAACUUUAUAUGUGAAAGAUUAAGAACCAAGAGAAAAUUAGCUCUCGAGUGGUUUUAUACUCAUCAAGACAAAGGUGGACUUGGAUUAAUUUCUGUUCAAGAAAUGAGUUACUCGGACCUAAUGUGUUAA